UCGAUACUUUUCUAUCGAGUAGGAGUUUUAGGCUUGACUCUUGUUGUUAGCUGCGCGCAGAAUUCAAUUCAUUUAAAAUUAAAUUACAAUUAAAAUGGACAUCAAAGAGGUGUACUGGCUGCAACAAAUCAUUCCCUUAGCUUAUGAAGCGCUCGAAAUGCUGACCAAAUUACCAACAAAACGACCAAAUCUGUCGCCAAGAAUAAUACCGCCACCGCCGAGUAAAAGGCGGCGGAACAUCGAAGUGGAAAAGGUCAAAGACAACCAACGCAGAAUUUGGGUGAAAGAGGAGAAUCUAAGUCGCGAUAUUGAUGGCCUUUUUGCUACGACUUUUUACAAGACACACAACCAGGAAGAAUUCCGUAGACGAGCCGGCAUGUCAACUCAGGCUUUCGACAUUUUGUUCAGCUUAGUUGGCGAGCAAUUGAAUAAGAACUCCAUUCGCAGGCCCAUAGCACCUGAAUGCCGGCUUUUUCUAACGCUUGUCUACCUUUCCAAUGCGGAGCGUGUGGUCGAUCUGUCGAAAGCCUUCAAAAUGGGCUGCUCCACAGUGCGUUGUAUUGUGCAAGAGACGAGCGAAGUCCUGUGGAAUACGUUAUCCGUCGCAUUUAUGCCUCAACCCAGUGUCGAUGAUUGGCGUAACAUUGUUUCAGGAUAUCAGGAGUUGUGGCACAUGCCACAUUGUCUGGGUGCCGUGGAUGCCAAGCUUCUGGACGUAUCGUACAAGAGCGAAAAUGAUAUUGUUUUGAUGGCCAGUUGUGAUGCACAGCUAAACUUCACAUGGAUGGAUAUGGCCACCGUGACCGAUGCUGUAAACAAUCAAAUCCAUUGGCAACAGGGUUUCGGCGGUCAGUUACUCAACCAAAGUUUGGAGUACUUAUUACCAGAGGAGCCCUUGCCUGGAACCGAGCAGCAGAGCAACUUUGUACACAGCUUCAUAGCUGACUCAAACUUUUCUUUGCGGCAGCAGCUGCUUACGCCUUAUCAAGAGCAACAACUGGAUGAUGAUCAAUGGCAUUUCAAUCAUCAGUUAAGAAUUGCUCUUGCUGGAAGCAUUAAUAAGGCAUUUGCUGUCUUGAUGUCACGUUGGCGUGUCCUCACCGAGCCACUGCGACAAAGUCCCAGCAAUGCAGGGAAGAUAAUUCGAGCCGCUGUAGUCCUGCAUAAUUUUGUUAAGCUACACGAUGAUAGCUAUUGCUCAGUGAACUAUUUGGAGGAGGUGCCAAAAUGCUCCGCCAAGCAUCAAGUGCCCUGUGAUUGGCUUGUCAACUCGCAGCAAUCACUAGCUAAUUGUAAAGCAACACUUCAAUUACGCAAGAGCAUAACAAGAAUUUUAAGCUGCUAACUGGAUUCUACAUUUACUGAGGACCUCUUUGACUAUUAACGAACGGAUGAGCAGAGGAUUAUUCUGUUUAUAUUGGAGUUUAUGUAAAUGUAAAGAGUGGAUAUUUUGAUGCGGCUGAAGCUGCUGCUGUGCAGAAGUGAUAAAAGAAUUGUUAUCUGCAAUCUAAAGGAAAGGUGGAGAACCUUAUGAAUGCAAAUUUGUUGCUGGAGAUACUAGGCAAUAUGUCGCUGAGGAUUCCACCUAAGUGGAGUAGUUGCUUAAGCUCGAUCGUCCAAACUGUAAUAUUUAAAUAUAAUCUCAAUUCGGAUCAUGUUAAAUGGUGCUAUUGGAGUUCAAUAAGUCAAUUUGAUGUCGAAAGCUUAUUCUGCCAUUAAAAGCUAUAUCUAUAGAUUGCCCCAUAUUAGACUUUAAAUGUGUUGCUAUCUAAUCUUUUUAUUUCGAAAUAGACAAUCGAUUUAUUUGUUAAGAAUUGCAGUCUACUGUUAUUCCGUAAUAAGACAGUUCUUUAGAACAUGCCCAACUCAAAUAUGAAGUUAUUUAUGAACUUG